CGGAGCCCCUCGCGGGCUGCGGCUGCCCAAGCCCGGGCCGGGAGGGAGGGAAGCCUGGCCGCUCCUGCUGCCCAGCUUUCAGAUCAUGUUCUUGAUGCAUGGCCCCUGGAGAAAGAGUGGCAUCAGUCCUGGGGAGACAACUGCCAUCCACAUCCCUUUGUUGUCACGGAGGGAGGAGCUGUCCUGUGGAAAGUCCUGCUUCCCUGGCAAGGGUGAGAUCGCCUCCGCUCAAAGGAACAGUAACAUACCAGAAAUACACAAGGUGCAUACCAUUCAUCCAGACUAAGAAAAGCUUUAUUCUGAAAGGAAUAAAAUAAUCAUGGCAGAAUGUACAGGUUACAAGGAAACCUCAAAUCGGCACCUACGUUUCAAACUGCAGAGCCUCAGUCGCCGCCUCGAUGAACUGGAGGAAGCAACUAAAAAUCUGCAGAAGGCAGAGGAUGAACUGCUUGACCUCCAGGACAAAGUUAUCCAGGCAGAAGGCAGCAACUCCAGCAUGCUGGCUGACAUUGAAGCCCUGAGGAAAAGAGUGCUGAAGAUUGAAGGCAAGGAUGAAGAAAUUAGGAAGGCUGAAGAGCUUUGCAGAUUAAUGAAAGAAAAACUUGAAGAGGAGGAGAGCCUCACUCGAGAUCUGAAGUCAGAAAUUGAGCUCCUUCAGAGGAGAAUGGCAGAGCUGGAGAAGCUGGAGGAGGCCUUCAGCAGGAGCAAGAACGACUGUACACAGCUGUGUCUUAGCCUCAAUGAAGAAAAGAACUUGACCAAAAAAAUAUCUACAGAAUUGGAAAUACUUCGAGUGAAGGUGAAAGAACUGGAAUCAUCUGAGGACAGGCUGGAUAAAACUGAGCAGACCUUAACGGCUGAGUUAGAAAAGCUGAAAUCCUUAGCCCUGAGCUUUAUCACGGAAAGAAAACAUUUUAACGAAAGAGAAAAGCAAAAUGAAAAAAUAAUCCAGGAGCUAACACAGAAACUAGAACAAAACAAUAAACUAAAUAGGGCAGAUCAAACUAGAAAUGCAUCCAACUUGCUAGAAAGGUCAUCCAACAAUCUCCUGGACAGAAAUGACAUGAGAAUUGAAGAUGACUUGACUUCUGCACUGCCUUCUAAGGAGACCAGGAGGAAGGGAAGUGUGGAUUACCUGAAACACGUAGAAAAUGAAACCAGGAACAAAUCAGAAAACCAAAAGAAUAAAAACCAGGAAGACAACAAAGUGAAAGACCUCACCCAAGAAAUCGAGAAACUUAAAACUCAGAUCAAGCAUUUUGAAUCUUUGGAAGAAGAACUUAAAAAAGUGAGAGCCAAAAAUAAUGAUCUGGAAGACAGUUACUUAAGCGAGCAGAAUAAAAACAAACUCUUAACAGGUCAGCUAGAAGAAAUAAAAAUGCAAAUAAAGAAACAGAAAGAUCUGGAGAAUGGAGAGGUCGAGAAUGAAGAUGCCAGCUUUUCUAGCAGGGGGAAACACGACCGACCGAAAUACAGAGGCGUCAUGACCGAUUUGACAGCUGCUAAGCACAAGCCAAGGGAGCUCUCACCGCAGCAGCGCCGGGACAGAGCACGGAACAGAGACUUCUCUAUCAGCAAUGACAGCUACAGCCACAGCGGCAAGCAGGUGCCCAGUCCAAACUUAAUCAGCAGAAAAGCAGGGAAAGCUUCUGCUGCAUCUGCCCUUUCAGAUGCUGCUGCCACGGAUACAAGAAGACUGGAAGAGAAAUCUUUAGUUUCCACUAUUUCUUCCGGUCAGAAGGACGGCUGCAUCCUGCAGAAUGAGGGGAAGAGAUCCAAAGAGCAGCCAUCCGUCCUCAGCCGAUAUCCUCCUGCUGCGCAGGAGCAGAAGUCUUGGAAAGCACCUUCCAAACCUGUGGGUGAUCCGGGCCUGAGAUCCAAGGCUGAAAAGCCACCUCAGGUGCUCCGUGGCAGCUGCCAGAACGGUGCUGACACACGGGAUGAAAAGUCUAACAGAGGAGAACCAGUGGGUUCCUUGGCUGAGAAGCUGAAAUCAGGUCAGGCUGAAGUCGGUGAGUGCCUGGGGGACACGCAGCUCCCGAGGGGUAACCACACCUCUUCCAACGGCACAGCCUCGGCCUGCAGGUACCUCGUGUCCUCCAGUGCGCCAGUGUCGGACUCUGCCGGCUCCAGAGUGGAAGCAGCGAGCGCUUUUGCUGCAGCACACAGGCAGCCCUCGGAGGGGAGGCCGAAACGGGCGGCAAUGUCCCAGGAAAAGGAAGCCGCAGACACGUCGCUUGAAAGUGUGAAGCUCUCGGCGCUAACAAAGCGUUCCCAUCACUCCAGGAGUCAGGAAGACAUUCUGCAGGUUCUCACAGGUCUUGAUAAAGAAGGCACCGAGCAGUCUUCAAGUGCAGCAACAGAUCAUGUGAAUAUGGGGUUAAAAACUGACUCCAGAACUAUCCAGAGUAACCAGGAAAGACUUAAUUCAGAUGAAGAACCAGGGAGAGGCAAAAAAUCAACCACUCAGUCAGAUUUUGAGACAAGAAAGAAAGUUAGUUCCAAGCAGUUCUCCAGUUCUAGGGGAGUUUUUAGAGCAUCGCUUUUUGAAAAUGACAAAAAAACUGUGAACGAUGAAGACUCUACCAAGUGCAUAAAGCCAUCAGAUGCCAACACUGGAGGACUGAAAUCCAGAAGGUCCUUCAGCCCUAGAGAAGCUCUGAGAUCAAAAGCCAUCAUUAAACCUGCAAUUGUUGAGAAGGACAUGAAGGCAAUCAUGGGAGGGACUGUUUCAGAGGCAGAGUCAGAAAAACAGAAGUCUACUAUUAAAAUGGUAACAAAUAAAAUGACAAGCAGCAUCACAAUCUUUCCUUCUGAGCCCACAGCUGCAAGGACCACUGCAGAUACAGCAGCAAAGGAAAGGCAUGUUACCACCAGCAACAUCAGAGUUGCUUCAAAUGAGCCUUCACCAUCCGUAACAAGCAAUGUCCCUUCACCCCUUGAGAUCUCGAUUAAUAGAAGUGCUCUGAAGUCAUCUGAGACUGACAGAAGUGGAGAGGCAGCGCCGAGGAGUAAAGCUGAAACAGUGGUCUCCAGGAGCAGCAUCAUGCUAAAGACUUCAGAACUCAUGGAGAGGAACAGUGAGACACCUUUGGAGACAAUCAGCUGGAAGAGCCACGGCUCCUCAGAUGCAGGUUCAUCAGAAACAAAGCACGUCACUGUGAGAAGUUCCUGGAGAACGAGACAAGGCCUGCAUUCCCUGGAGGACUCUCAAACCAAAGUGGAGAAAAGCGCAACUUUCAGUGCCACAAGCUUGUGUAGGUCCUCAGUGGACCUUUUAGAAGGGGAAGGGAAUAGUUCAAAGACAGACUUCCUGGAGCAGAGUUCAUCAAGGACGAGUGCCACAGCUAAUUCUUGGGGUGCCCCUGAACUGGGUUCCCGAAGGACCAAAAGUAACUUGAGUGCAUCUGAGCUGCUGACACGCAGGAGCUACGCGAGUGAUGCCGCAGCAGCUGCAGCCUGGCAGCGCACCACGCUCCCUGAUGACAGCAAGGAUUUUGUGUCGAGUUCCAGGAGGAAGCAGUAUGGCUCCUCUGAGCACCUCCUCCAGGCUGACGCUGCGGGGAAGAGGACAGCCAGCAAGGUGGAGCUGCAGGAGCCUGAAGCCAGCCCCCCUGCACCAGCAGGGCUCCAAGGAGAGGAGCAGGGCGCUGCCCGGGCUUGCCGGACGUCUCGGAGAUGAGCUGCGUUCCCUUCUCAGUGACCACGGUGAAGCAAGAGGCAGGACAGUACCAAGCUCACAGGCAUCACCUGUUUGUGACCUCCCCAGAGGCUUCAGCUAGCCUGAAACCAGUUUUGUAAUGCGAUUUGAAAGGUACAGCAGCUUUACCAGUGAAUUGUUUUCCUUCAUUGCUGAAGAGGCAGCUGCAGAGACUUUGCUCAGGGGACUUCCACUUUUCAUCUCUGUACCUGCAAUCUUAAUCUUCCCUGUAGGAUAGGUCUGUCUCCAUAUGGAAACUCUGACUACCCAGCCUCUCUGAACAAUGGUACUCCUUGCACCAGAGAGAACUUUUUAUUCACUUGUGUUCACACCAGAUCCCAGCGGCGUCCCUGUGAUCACGUCCACCACAACUGAGAGCUUUCAGUUCACGUGGAGUUUGCAUUCUCCUGCUACAGCCUUGCUGGCUGGGCUUGUGGUCACCUCAGAACCUGUGAUCCCAGCACCCUUUGUCUCUAGGCAAGAGGAGAGUUCCCCAGCGGUUACUUUACAAACUGAGAGGGAAGGAGAGCAGAAAAUGUUGUGUAGGAGUUGGUUCCCUAUCACUGUCAGUCUCUGCCACAAGCUCUGCAUGAUCUACCCAUCAUCACUUGAGAUCCUGCACCAGGAAGUCACCACUGAGCCAAACCAGCACAGCAGCAGCUCCUGCCUGGGCCCAGGGUGCCAUUUGUCUGAAGCUUCACAUGCUACCCUCUGCAGGCAGCAGCUCUGGGGCUUGUGAAAGGCAGUUGAGCCCUAAGGGAAAAAGAAGCAAGUGCUUUUCCUCCCAGACAAGCAGAAUGUCCUCGUUCCUUCCCAAAACAGGGUGGGGACAGCUGGAUUGGACGCUCGGCCCAUCUGCAGUAGCUUUGGUCUGUGCCUCAGCCCCUGGCAGCCACGCCUGGGGCCCAGCUAAGGUCAGAGAGUGCUCAGACAGAGGUGUGUGCCCGCAGGCCCCCAGUGCAGCUGGUGCCACUGUGGGGCACAGACGUCCCCACAGCUCCGGGAGCUGCUCAGGGGCUGCAGCAGCGCCUGCCCUGAGCGAGGGGAUGGCACCUGGCUCUCACAGUCCCUCCAUCCCAUCCCCAUCCCAUCCCAAUCCCAUCCUAAUCACAUCCCAUCCCAUCCCCAGCUGCUGGGCUGGCCCCACACAGCCACCACUGCCAUCCCCCGUGCUGCCUGUCCCUCUGCAGCAGGACAGGAAAACGCUCCCGGCACAAAAGGUCCUUGAUCUGUUUCAGAGGUGCUGUGGGAAGAGCUGCACCCCACUCUUGUUCCCACGUCCCACCUCCAGAGGAGCAGGGAGCAGAGGCAGCUGCUUGUGCUGCACCUGCCUGGCCUGGGAAAUACACACCUCAAUUCUGAGAAGAAAAUGAUUAAAAAAAAAAAAAAAAAUAGAGCUGGUUGCAAAAUAUCUAUGAAAACAUUUAUGUAAAAGGGAUGCGUUUUAGCAACAUGAUUAUUUUUUUAUAAAGAUUGUUUGGAGGAAGGGAAAAAUUAUUUUUGAAAAAAAAAAAAAGUUUCUUUUUGGAAUUUUAAAGAUGUUUUCCCAAGUGUAUAUUUUUAACCCUUCAUUUUAUUCUUCUACAUGUCAUGACAUAUGUGUCAACUUGCAUACCAAGACAAAAAGAUAACGCUUUUAAAUUAGUACUGAGUGGCAGCUCUAAUAAUCUUUAAAUUAUAUUAAAAUAAAUUGUAUCAAAUGCUCUCUUACCAUUGAUAGGAUAGUGCUAGUAGAAUGAGAUAGUGGGAAAAAAAUUUAAACUCAAAACUCCAAACUAAAAAUGAAAUUCUGAAGCUAAAUUCAGACUUCUGCCCUGCCCCGUGUUUAUCAGGAAGGAUUGGAAAUCCGUAUGGAUUGUGCAGUGUGGAACCACCGUGGAUGGAACAGAGUGCAACGGCUGCGUCCUCCCGAGCACCCUGCUCUGCUCAGCGCUCCCUGGGUCAGGGGGAUUUCCUGGGCAGCAGCAGCAGCUUCCCCUGCCUCGGUGUGCCCAGCUCUGCCCAGCAGUGCCCAGCUCAGCUCUGCCCAGCACAGGGUUCCUCUGACUCUGCCCCUUCCUUUCACGUGCCCCUCCAGACUACAGCUGCUGCCUCACAGCCCAAACUCGCUCAGUCCCUGCCUGCUGACCCUGGGAGCGGCUGGGAGGCACCUUGGCACGCACCUGCCUCCUCAGCUGUCCCAGGGAUUCCCUCUCUGCACAUUCCCAGAGCUGCUGCUGAGCUGGCACCUGUGCCAGUGGCUGUGGGAGAGGCGCUGCUGGGCAGUGCAGGACAGCGCCCACGUACUGAGGAGGACAAGGAUCGCUUUGGGCAGGACUGAACGGCCCCAUCCUGCUGCAGGACACGGCUGCACGCUCCCCAGGACGUCCCUACGCAUCCAGCAGCGUUCUCCUCCUGGCCUUGCUGGCGUGGAUGUGCUCAGCACGGUGCUCCCAAAGAGCCUCCAAGGUUUCAGUCGUGGCGAGGAAAUCUCUGCAUCCCUGUGCUUCACCCUGUGCCUGGCCACGAAACCCCCACCAGCUUCCCAAGGCAGUGCUCAGCCCAAGAACACAGCCCCGUGUCUGGAGUGCAAGGGAAGAGCCAGCAGCAGCAAUAGAUGUUGGGUUUUCUCUGCCAGAGCAACAGGAGCGCUUUACCCUGCUGCUCAGCUGCCUUAGCCCCAGCUGGCACCGUCUUCAGGUGCUUCUCACAGAUGAUGUCUCUCCUUUCUCCAGCUGCCUCAGUGAUUUGUUCAAUAUUUUACAGCAGAUACCUUGAACUCCUGCUCUAGACUCACCUUCACUGCUUGUAAAUACCGGACACAGGUGUCACUUGGUAACUGCACACUGGUUGUUUUUAACACAGCUGAGAUUAAUUCUGAGAAAGAAAACCCUACCUAGAAUGGAAAGGGGCCAUGCCCUCUAGUCAAUGAGUGCAAUAGGAGCUGAUUGUAUUAUUAAUCUUAUAGCAAUGACUUCAGGAAACACAAUGUGUUUACUCGAAUUGCACACUUUUUUUGAACAGCUGUAAAAUAGAGUAUAUGUGUAAAUAUUGCCAUCACUGAAGAAGUAUUUGUAAUUUUAGCAUAUAAAUAUAACAGGCUUUUCAUUAGGCUUGAUGAUGCACAAGGCCUUGCAUCGAGCCCUCGGGUAAUCCCAAAGUUGUAAAUGUAUUUGCUGUACAGAGGAAGUGUUGUCAGUGCUCGCUGCUCCCGAGGAACCUCAGCUGCUGCUCCCUUUUUGGAGAGCCAGCGCUUUCCCCACAAGGCUGGCUCCAGUCUGAGGGCCCAGCAGCUCACUGCUCCAUGGAAUGGCUUCCUUCACGUCCACAGCACCUCUGCAGCCCCCAGAGCUGCUGCCCAGCUCCCUGCAGGGUGUGGGGUGAGAGCCUGGCCCCCGGUGCUGUGCACUGCAGCACGGGGCAGAGCCGCCGGCCGCUGCUUCCAGAGACACUCGGCACAAGCAAGUUCCUAGCUAGACCGAAGCAAUAGUCACACUGGUGUCAUCUCUGACCUCAUCUCUGCCACCCUUGCACACCUUUGAAGCAAUCAGGGCACUGCUCCAGGCUGGGCUGUGCACCCCAACACGAAGCCAUCGUUUGCAGCUGCCUCCCACCGUCACACCCCAGGGCCCAAAGGAUUCGUCCUCCUGCCCGCCCCACGCGCGGUGCCGGCUCCUGCUUUGGGGAAGCAGCGCUCCAGGCUGCAUGGAAUGUAUUUUUAAGAGAAUAAAUCUAUUUUUUUGUAUUUGUGAACAUAUAUUUGGGUGGGGCAGCUUAGUUAGAAGACAAAUAAUGCAAGAAAUCUUUUCAUAAUCACAGGUUCAUCCAAGUUAAGCGGAUUUUCCAGGGUUGCAGUAUUGCCUUUUCCCCUACAAUAAACUCUGUGUCCAAUAGAGCUCUGAGCAGUGUUCCACCCUCUAAGAACUUGCCCUGUCUCAGCAUGCUGAGUAGAGGAAAGCCAGCGCUUUCCUCGCCAGGCUGCCCAUGGCAGCGGAUACAGAUGGUGCUCACCUCCUUCCAGUGGCACAGUGCUCUUAGUCUGCAUGCCAAAUGUAAACACACACGUAUCUGCAUGUCUCUCCUGACUCAAACACUGUCAGUGCUACAGUAUAUAACCAAUAAA